CGAUCACUUUACGCACAUUUUUCCAAUCAUGGUACCUAAUUUGAAUGUCUGGGGCGUGUUAAGUAGUUUGUCAGUCGACGCCGGUUGUUUUCUUUGAAACGUUUCUUUGUCGCUUCUGCUGUGGUUAGCAUAUAUCAUGGCGUUUUCUCUGAAAGACGAUCUUCGGGCCCAUGACCGUUGGGAAUCUGAUUCUCCAGCCCUCUCUACAUGCAGCAAUGCAGAUAUCUUCCGCAGAAUGAACACCAUGUUGGGAAACUCUCUGGAUUUUACAGGGGUCUGCACCACACCCAUUACCAAGGGAAAGCGAGACCACCUGACAGACCUGCAGGAGUCGGACGUGGCUAGCAGGAUGCUUUUCCCCAGCAGCGCACAGGAGUCUUCCCGGGUCCUGCCCGAUGUCAACGACCUGGGCCUGGGCCUUCAGUCCCUCAGCCUGUCUGGGUGGGACCGCCCCUGGAGCAGCCAGGACGCUGAGCCCUCUGUCCAGACCAGCAGCCCCUCCAUGCUGGGUGUGCUUGGCAGCCCCCUUGGCAACGUACUGGGCAAGCCUCUUGGUUUUCCUUCCCAUGAGCCGAUGGGAGCUGUGGACUUCCUGGAUAAGUUCCCGGGCAUGGCCCGUAUGAACAGCCGACUGGAGUCUCGCUCCCUCCUGGACUCCCGUUCCAGUAGCCCUGUGGACUCCGAGACCAGUGGCUUCAGCUCCGGCUCUGACCACCUCUGCGAUCUGCUUUCUUCCUUGAGGAUCUCUCCUCCCCUGCCUUUCCUGAUGUCCAACAUGCAGAAGGAAACCAUGAAGUUUGGGAUGGCUUCUCGCCUGGACCAGGAGAGCUCCCCCCUCACUCCUUCACCUGGUGCCACCUCUACAAACGUCCUGUCUAAGCGCUGGCCAGGGGCCUCCGUGUGGCCCAGCUGGGACCUCCUGGAGACCCCCGAUGACCCUUUCAGCAUUGAGAGGGAGGCCCGCCUGCACAGACAGGCUGCUGCUGUGAAUGAGGCCACCUUCACCUGGAGCGGACAGCUUCCCCCCCGAAACUACAAGAACCCUCUGUACUCCUGCAAGGUCUUCCUCGGAGGAGUCCCUUGGGACAUUACUGAGGCUGGCCUAAUUACCACAUUUAAUGGGUAUGGUCCUCUUAGUGUGGAAUGGCCUGGUAAGGAUGGCAAGCACCCACGAUGUCCUCCCAAAGGUAAUAUGCCAAAAGGUAAUGCAGCGGGGUACGUGUACCUGGUGUUUGAAUCUGAGAAGUCUGUGCGUGGGCUGCUGCAGGCGUGCACUCAGGACCUGCUCCACCCAGACGACUACAGCGAGUACUACUUCAAGAUGUCCAGCCGCAGGAUGCGCUGCAAGGACGUGCAGGUGAUCCCCUGGGUGAUCUCGGACAGCAACUACGUGCGCUGCCCGUCCCAGCGCCUGGACCCCAGCAAGACCGUGUUUGUGGGCGCGCUGCACGGCAUGCUCAACGCGGAGGCCCUGGCCAGCAUCAUGAACGACCUGUUCGGAGGCGUGAUGUACGCAGGGAUCGACACCGACAAGCACAAGUAUCCAAUCGGGUCUGGGCGUGUGACCUUCAAUAACCAACGCAGUUAUCUGAAGGCAGUGAGUGCAGCUUUUGUAGAAAUCAAAACGCCAAAGUUUACCAAGAAGGUCCAGAUCGAUCCAUACCUGGAGGACUCCAUGUGCCAAGUCUGCAAUCGUCAGCCAGGGCCUUUCUUCUGCAGAGACCAGGCUUGCUUCAAGUACUACUGUCGCUCCUGCUGGCACUGGCAGCAUUCCAUGGACAUCCUGAGCAACCACCGCCCGCUGAUGCGCAACCAGAAGAACCGGGACUCCAGCUAGGCUGAAGCGCUGCCGUCGCGACUCACCUGAGGCCUCCGUAGCACCCGAAGAGCGACCCGUGAGUGCCAGCGCCCCGACCAGGAACGGCACUUCCACCAGGACUUUUGGGGGAAAAAAACACUGUAGAAAGUUCACUAUUGCACUUGCUAUUUCUUGCUGUUUACUUGUUCACAAUGGCACUAUGCACAGUGUUGGUAUGACAGGGACCCAUCGUUAGGCAGUUCCCCAGACUCUUGGCCACAGCUGGAGAGGAUGAUUGAUUCAGGCCAGGGUUCAGAAGGUGUUGAUGAAAAUGCCUUCUCCUUGAUUUUUAAAGAGCUUUUUCCUUUUGAUUUGAUUUAUUUUUUGUUUUCCAUACCUUGCAUAUUGGUGAACGAUCAUGCAAGUUUCAUUGCCUUUCACGUUGGCAGAUGCCAUACAGUGCCUUUAAAUUGUUUUCCCCUCCCAGUGGGCCAGCUGUUUUUCCUUAGCGGCCAGCUGGUGUUUUUUACUUUGGAAGAUGAGAGUUGGGCUUCAUUUAACCAGACGCAUUUCAGACAUUUUUACGCAGUUUUUUACUAAUUUUUACACACGGUUUUAAGUCGUGACAUUGAACAUUUGAAGAGAAUCUACCUGACAGCUUUUUAAUUUUUCCCUUUUUCUUUCUCCCCAUAUAAUUGUCUGGGGCCGUUGGUAUAUCAUUUUUUUCAGCCAACCAAUGUUCUACUUAAUGGGCACAAAUAAAGGUGUUGAAGCAUUGCUCUGCUUGUAUGCGCUGUCCUGUUCACUUGCAGCGAAAUCAUUACUGGACUCCGCUUCAACUGGGUUACCAUCAAGUUCUCACCCAGUGGUGGGAUUUAUGGCUAUGAAACUGGAACGGACGUUGACCUGAGUGUGUACAUAGUUUUAAUUAAUUGUUGCACUUUUUAAUUUGCACUUCAGAAAGGGGUGACAGUGGUUUUUAAACACUUUUUUCUUUUUGGUACAUCAGCAGAAGGGCAGGUAUUGUCAUCAUGGGUGUGACCCUUUUUUGAAAAGUUGCUUGUUUCCUGUUGAAUGUAGAGAACUCUAACCUCCCUAGAAUGUAUGAGCCAGUGUACAUCUAACACAGCUUCCUCAUCCUCCUUUCCCACAGCCUUUUAUUCCUUCCUUCCCCCUCUUUUUUGCAUAAUUAUGAAGCUGUGUGCCAAAAGACCAGUAUUUUUAUUUUCUCCUACCUCCCCCCCCCCCCCCCCCUCCCCCCAUAUAUCAGUUUCCCAUGCUGAGCUUGUUGCCAUGUUGCCUAGCCCAGCUGCUUUUUAGAGUUUGAAAGUCUCUACCUCAUUGGUCUGCAAACCUUGCUGCGGUUACCUACAGAUGUGGAGUAUGUUCUGAUUGGGCACAAUAAAGGUGUUGAAGCAUUA